AUGGAAUACGUCGCUCCUGUCAGUACCCAGCCUUGGGGAGCUGCAUGCCUCAUCCUAGCUCUGGCAAUUUUUUCGUUCGUCUUAUACCGGGCAUACUUUCAUCCACUCGCGCGAAUCCCAGGCCCGCCGUCUGCGCGCUUCUCUGGCUCGUGGAGGAACGCACGAUACUGGCGGGGUACUUGGCACGAGGAUAUCUUGGAACUUCAUCGCAAGUACGGACGAGUUGUGCGGAUUGGUCCAAACGAGGUUGCAGUCGUCGACGGCACUACUGCGAAGCGGCUGUAUGGUCCCGGGACAACAUCGGUCAAGGCACGCUGGUACUCAACAUGGGACCCUCCAUUCGCGAGCGCAUCCUUUGCGGAACGCGACAAACAACACCACGCCUUCUUGCGCAAGCGUGCAUCCGCAGCUUAUGCGAUGUCAUCAAUACUGAAGUACGAGCCAUACAUGCAAGAGUCGCUUGACGAGGUUCUUCAGAAGUUCAAGAAGUAUGCCGGUAAACAGAUUGAUCUCGCAGAAUGGAUCAAUGCAUUCGCAUAUGAUGUUGUAGGCCAACUGGGCUUCGGAGAGGCAUUCGGACACGUGAAAGGCGAGACGGAUGUGAUGGAUUUGCGAAAGACCAUCUUUGAGGGAGCCAACCUGCAAGCUUGCAUGGGCUACUUUGUUGUGGGAUUUGGGGAGCACUAUUGGGGACAGAUGCGAGUCUUUACGAAUGGAGUCACAGCAAUGCUCUUGAAGCUGGUGGGAGCCCCCAUACCCUUGGCUAAGUUUGACAGCUGGGGAACAAAGCGCAUCAAGGCUCGCAUGGCUUCCGCUGACAGUGAUGAGUGGGUAAGAGACGAUAUGCUAUCGCAUUUUUCACGAAUGAAGAAAGCAGAUGGGUCACACGCCGAAUUUGAGGAGGUCCUUGUGGAGGCUUUGCAGCUUGUUGGAGCUGGUGCAGACACCGUCUCAACGGCCAUGCGAACCUGCGUCCUUGCCAUUUGCAAACAUGCCGAAGUAUAUGCAAGACUACAGAAGGAGAUCGACGACUUCUACGUCGCCAACAACCUCUCAGGUGGUAUAAGUUACCGUGAAACUCAGUCUCUACCAUAUCUAGUUGCAGUCUGCAAAGAAGCCAUGAGACUGUUCCCAUCUAUUGUCUUUCAGCUUCCCCGGUACGCACCUGAUGGUGGCUUGUACAUUGACGGCAAGCAUAUUCCAGCGGGCUACGAAGUUGGAAUAUCUCCACUUGCACAGAACCACGACACUGCAAUCUGGGGCGAAGAUGCAGGCGAGUUCAAGCCAGAGAGAUGGUUGGAGAGUGAAGAGAGAAGCAGAUAUCUUUCAAGUUUCGACUUAACAUUUGGCGGACAUGGACCUCGCAUGUGUGUCGGACGGAACAUCGCGCUGGUCGAGGUGCACAAGUUUAUCGCACAACUCUUCCACCACUUUGAUGUCCAAGUCUGUGAUAUGGAACGUCCAUGGCGUAUCAAAUCAUUCUGGUUUGCAUACCAGCAUGACUUCCAGUGCGUAUUGACACCAAGAGAGAGGUUUGCCUUGUGA